GUUGCUAGAAAUGUGAUGUAAUUUCGUUUUAUCGACGACUUAAGUAGCGCAAAUUUCGAUUAAAUAUUUUAAUUGUAAAAAGUAUUUGUUGAAAAAGGAACGACGUUUCUUGCAGGAUGUCUACUGCCAUCUAUCUUGAACAUUAUCUCGACAGCCUGGAUGGGCUGCCAAAGGAACUGGAGAGAAAAUUCAAUGAAAUGAGAGAGUUGGAUUCAUGUUCACAGGAACUGAACGUUGAAAUAGACAAACUCGCUGAAGACUACCUGAUCAACGUGAAGGGCUUGAAUAAACAGGAUAAGAAGAACCACCUCCUCAACAUUCAAAACUGUUUCAGCAAAAGUAAAAAGUUUAGUGAUGAGAAAGUUCAACUAGCUUUGCAAACUUAUGAAUUGGUUGACAGACACAUAAGGCGAUUAGAUGCAGAUCUCGCGAGAUUCGAGUCAGAGCUGAAGGUACAGCAGCUGAAGUUUGCAACGCAGGAACAUGUCACGAAAAGCACCAACAAUAGCAACAACACUAAACCUGGGAAGAAGAAGAAUGAUAAAGAUUCAUCGGACAAUGAGUGCGGUAAGAAACGAAAGAAAAGGGCACAAGAACACAACAUCGCGACCAGCAACAGUCUUCCAAGUUCCGCCCCACUGACAAUGCUGCCCCUGGUACCAACCAAUCAGCAUUCAGACGUCCUGGACAUGCCCGUCGACCCGAACGAGCCAACCUACUGCACGUGCCAUCAAGUCUCGUACGGCGAGAUGAUUGGAUGUGACAAUCCUGAUUGUCCAAUCGAAUGGUUUCACUUUGGCUGUGUUGGGCUGUCUACAAAACCGAAAGGUAAGUGGUACUGUAGUAGGUGCACUGCUGAACGCAAGAAGAAUUUGAAGCAUUGAAUUGAAGGUCGAAGAUGGUAUUGAAUAAUAAAAGAAUAACGGUGAAUGUUAUUUACUUGAAAUUAGUAAUUAAAAUGCCAGUAGUUGUAAAUUGUUGGUAUAUUUAAGUACUACCUAUAGAUUCUGAUGUCGAUGAUUGUUUUAGUAAUGUUGUACGUAUCAACAUAUUUUCUCAAAUUUUAAUUUGUUAACACGAAAAAUCUUGAUUUUUUUUUCAAGAAACUCUUAAACGAUUUCUACAUUGCUUUCAUUUUGUUGUGACGUUUUGAAUUAUAUUGGGGAGGUGAGUGGUUGAAAGUCUGUUUAAUUUCGUAACAGGUAACUUGUUAAAUUUAUAAAAUGAUAAAAUUAGUUAUAAUAAUUUUUAACUGAUUUAGAUUUGAUAACAUCAAAUUUUU